AUGGCAGCCGCUAACAUCCUACGACGGGGCUCAGGCCUCUGCCAGAGCGUCAAGUUCUCCAUCACCGGCACUCCAGCCCGCCACAUCCAAUGCAAUUGCCUCAACUGCCAGAAGAGCUCGGGAUCAGCAUUCUUGACCAAUAUCCUGUUCAAGCGAGAUCAAUACAAAGUCGAAUCCGGCGCCGAGCAUAUCAAGGUCUUCAAAGACACGUCUACAGACUCUGGCGGGACUCUUGAGAGGAGCUUCUGCUCGAACUGUGGAUCACCAUUACAUAUCAGGAAUGUCAGCAACCCGAAGAUGAGUGGAAAUAUCGUGGUGUGCGGCGGUACGAUUGAUGAGAACUACAAGAAUUUCAAGCCGCAGUCUGAGCUGUUUCCGCAUCGGAGACAUGCUUGGGUACCUGAAGUUCAGAAGGCGAAGAAGGAGGCAUCGAAGAUGUGA